AUGGCGAUCCAAACUGGCAUUGAUAACUCACACCUUGGAGUUAGUGUUGUAGCUGGUAAUGAAGAGUGUUAUCAAGUAUUUAAGGAUCUCUGUGACAGUGUUUUGAAGGAUGAUACUGGCUACUUUAGUUCAGGUCCUGGCGGAAAGAGCCUGGAGAUAUUGUGUCACCUCAUUCUGUUCUCGGAGUUGUGGGAGAGACCGACACCUUCGUUAGCAGAAUUGAGAAAGCGCUUUACGGACUCUGUCUCGGGAUGGAGCAUGUACACUGCAGUUCCUUUGUAUUGUGCUUUCUCAAAAGAAGAAUCGAGUGUGUGCGAUGAGUACAAUUUUGGAAGCCAGCGUUCUAGUGCUGAGCAGCAAGAUGGAUACGUACCCAUCGAACAAGUCUUCGAAGCUCCUAAUGGAGUCCCUUACUGGUAA